CUUUCCGCGCUACCCGCAGAGGGGUCCAUACGGCGUUGUUCUCAGUGAAUUCCCGUCGUAACUUAAAGGGAAACUUUCACAAUGUCCGGAGCCCUUGAUGUCCUGCAAAUGAAGGAGGAGGAUGUCCUCAAAUUCCUUGCAGCAGGCACCCACUUAGGUGGCACCAACCUUGACUUCCAAAUGGAACAGUACAUCUAUAAAAGGAAGAGUGAUGGCAUCUACAUUAUAAAUCUGAAGAGGACCUGGGAGAAGCUUCUGCUUGCAGCUCGUGCCAUUGUUGCCAUUGAAAACCCUGCUGAUGUCAGUGUCAUAUCUUCCAGGAAUACUGGCCAGCGGGCUGUGCUGAAGUUUGCUGCCGCCACUGGAGCCACUCCUAUCGCUGGUCGCUUCACUCCUGGAACCUUCACCAACCAGAUCCAGGCAGCCUUUCGGGAGCCCCGCCUGCUGGUAGUUACUGAUCCCAGGGCUGACCACCAGCCUCUCACAGAGGCAUCUUAUGUUAACCUGCCCACCAUUGCUCUGUGUAACACAGACUCUCCUCUGCGCUAUGUGGACAUUGCCAUCCCGUGCAACAAUAAGGGAGCUCACUCAGUGGGUCUGAUGUGGUGGAUGCUGGCUCGAGAAGUUCUGCGCAUGCGUGGCACCAUAUCCCGUGAACACCCGUGGGAGGUUAUGCCUGAUCUCUACUUCUACAGAGAUCCUGAAGAGAUUGAAAAGGAAGAGCAGGCUGCUGCUGAAAAAGCUGUGACCAAAGAAGAAUUUCAGGGUGAAUGGACUGCUCCAGCUCCUGAGUUCACUGCUACUCAGCCUGAGGUUGCAGACUGGUCUGAAGGUGUGCAGGUGCCCUCUGUGCCAAUUCAGCAGUUUCCUACUGGUAUAAGACUGGAGUGCUCAGCCUGCCACAGAAGACUGGUCUGCAGCUCCCACUGCUCAGGCCACUGAAUGGGUAGGGACAACCACUGAGUGGUCUUAACCUCUUAAGCAACACAGGCUCUUAAGCAACACGGAAAUAAGGUUGGCGGAAAAUAAACUUGUUUCUAAGGAUUGUGUCUGUUUCGGUUUUUGUUUUUGUUUUUUUCCAGAUUAAAAUACCUGGGAUUGCUUAAUGUCACUUCAGCUAUAUUUCUAUAGCCAACUGUCUAUAAAGUAUAUUGUUUUCCA